AUGUCUUGCAAUAGAACUUCAUUUAACUUUUACGGAGACUAUCUGAAUAAUGGAACAAUCUCAAAUGGGAAUUAUACAACAACUACUACUUUAAAUGUCAAAGAAAAGAGAGAGCCUUCAAAAUCGGAAAAGAUAAGAAAAGUAAAUAGUACCGCUUAUUCACAAUCUACGGAAUCCCUACAACCUGCAUAUAAAACCCCACCACAAGCUCCACAGGACUUAACUUCAUUGGAGAUAACUUCUAAUAAGCGACUGAUAAGUAAUGAAGAAAUUCUUCAAUAUUCUGAAGACAUAUCUGUGAUAUGCGUAUUUGAUAAAACAAUCUCAGAGUUGACUUUAAAAAUCAGCGUAGAGUUUGACAAUAAACUGUUUUCUGUAUGCGACACCAACCCUGAA